AUGCACCCACUUACCUUGCUGAUACUAGAACCAGAAGCCCAGAGGCCUUCCGACCUCUUGCAGGCCUGUCUGAACCGGCUACAAGACCCCCUGGAAUGCUCAAGGCUGCGAGUGGUGCUCAAGACCCCAUCAGGAGCACACACUUGUCUUUCGGAGAAGCAGACUUCCCUCAUAACGAAGAGGAUUGACGAGGGCAGAACGGUGGAUGUGACCUAUAUGGACAUCAGUAAGGCGUUUGACAAGAUCCCUCUUGGUAAACUAGUUAGCAAGACUGGAGAUGGAGUCACAGCUAAAGAAAGCAUCUCUCUGAAACGCGUGGCUGUGGUGGAGGACUUUUUCGACAUCAUUUAUUCUACGCAUGUGGAAACAGGGACUGAGACUGCGAAGACGGCGAAACACGCCGGACAGAAACGGACUUACAAAGCGAUUGCUGAGACAUAUGCAUUUCUCCCAAGAGAAGCAGUUACAAGGUUUUUGAUGAGCUGCACCGAAUGUCAAAAACGAAUGCACAUAAAUCCGAAUGGUGUGGACUCAAAAGAAAAUGAAAGACCUUCCUCACUGGCUGGCGUGAUAGAUUAUAAUAUGCCCAUCACUGCCACAUACUUGAAGCAGAUGAAACUCCAGUUUAUGAGUACACCUCAACACCUGGAUGAAAGUUCAGUGAGCAGCGAUGAUUUUGAUAUGAGUGACGCCACAUGGAUUUCAGCUGACCAGUGUGUGAACUCUGAUUUAAGUCCCAGUCAAGAAGAAAGAAUGCACAGCCCACAGAAUCUGCAUAACCAGGAAUAUGCAACCCUGAUGUUAUCCAUAUUACAGAGGAGAGUGGAGUUUAAUCACAUUCCCCAGAGGGAAGGUCAAUGUCUGCACGGUCUCCUGGCUGACUGGUAUUUGGAAAUAUAUACGAUCAAGGCCACUGUAGAGAUUUGUUCAAAAAAUCAAGCCUGAAGCCUCAGUGCAUUACUGAGGGAAUGCUGCACUGAUGAAAUUGCUGUCUUUCUGAUGAGACAUCACACCCAAAACUCUGUCUGCUGUCUUGGGUGAAUGUAAAAUAAAUACAUUACGUAAUUCAGGACAAGGGACUUC